AAAAUUUAAACGCCAUCAAGCGAUUAAAGCCUCAAGACUUCGAUGAACGCGCCCGAAAACCAGUCGGGAAGGAUCGUAGGAGAGGCAGACAGAACGGUGAAUGAGGAGGAAGAGGAGAAGAUUUUCUGUAUUUUUUCAUCCUCUAAGAACAAUCAACCAACCGUACAAUGUCUUCUUCUUGUCCCUUCUGUAAUCAAACCCUUCCAUUACAAGAACUUGAAUGGCACGCGAACAAUCACCUUGUAGAGGAAGAGAUUUCAAGGGACAUGGAGUUAGCCAAACUCAUUUCCUUAGCCCAUGAAGAAAUCCCUUCUAGCCUUCCUGUAUGUGCUUUUGUUCUUUCAUGUUUUCCUUUCAGUUUAAGGGACCGUACAAUGUCUUCUUCUUGUCCCUUCUGUAAUCAAACCCUUCCAUUACAAGAACUUGAAUGGCACGCGAACAAUCACCUUGUAGAGGAAGAGAUUUCAAGGGACAUGGAGUUAGCCAAACUCAUUUCCUUAGCCCAUGAAGAAAUCCCUUCUAGCCUUCCUAAUGCGAAAACCCACCUUUUGGAGAAUGAGCUUGAGAGGGACAUGGAGUUGGCCCAACUGAUAUCAUUAGCCCCUGAAGAUGAACAUAUGAAUGGAGAACAAUUAUUCUCUUCUGUUUCCGGAGAGACUCAGGAAGCUAGUACCUCAACUGCAAGUCGCAACACAAUUGAUCAUUGCGAAAGCUGUAACGAAGAACAAGUGUCUUGCUUAGUAAAACUGCAGAUUAGAAGCACUUUUCACAAAGUUGAAGGAGGUCUCAUGGCCUUGUUGAAGAAGUGUUUGGAACUGGAAAAUGGACGUUCCACCACUAUUUUAUCUGGGUAUGUUGAUCAUUUUCAGACCAUUAAAUCAGAGGAUGCUGGCUGGGGUUGUGGAUGGCGUAAUAUUCAAAUGCUGAGUUCUCAUUUGAUAACUCAUAGGCAGAAAGUAAGGGAAAUUAUUUUUGGCGGUUCAGGAUUUGUUCCAGAUAUCCCAUCACUUCAGAGAUGGCUUGAGAUUGCAUGGAAAAGGGGUUUUGAUGCAGUUGGCUCAAAUACAUUUAACCAAAAAAUCUAUGGCUCAAGAGAAUGGAUUGGAACCACUGAAUGUGCUGCACUCUUCCGUUAUUUUGGACUUCGGGCGCACAUAGUAGAUUUUGGUAGGAAGGAAAUUCCAAUCACACAGUUUGUGCAAACCAAUGGUAGAGAUAAGAGGAAAGUAGAACAUGUUUAUGGACCAAUGGACAAGUUUCUACUUAAUAAACAUCAUGGUGGUCCAAAGGCAAGAAUCAUAAAGCAUGAGGACACUAGCACUUCUAGUGUUCAGAGUGGGAGUGGGAAUCAAUUGGAUGCUUCAAUUACGGUAAUCAAUGAUAACUUGCCAGAUCAUGAUGAGCUUGGUACCCAUUCGACGGGCAUGACUAAGGGUCAUCAGGUCCUUGUUGAUUGGGUGUGGAAAUAUUUUUCUGAUGAGAAGUCCAACAAGAUGGACACUCCUCAACGUGUUAUUAUCAGUGAUAAAACCAGGCCAUUGUACUUUCAGCAUUUUGGCCAUUCAAGAACAAUUGUUGGGAUUCAAAUCCAAAGACAGCGUCCUGGGAUUCCAGAACAAUACUUCCUCCUAGUUUUAGAUCCUGGUCAUAGAACAGUGGAGUUAGAAAACACACUUAGGGAAAAUGUUGGCUGGCAAAGAAUUAUAAAAAGAGGGGUCCACACACUGAAGAAGCCCCAGUACCAGGUAUGUUACGUUGAUCCUGGGAUUGCACAAGUGGAGGAGAUGGAGCAGCUCAAGACCAUAGAUAGCAUAUAUUUUGAAUCUUAGAAAAUUAGUCUAUCAACACUUUGAAUUCUACAAUUCUUUUGAGGCAUUGGAGAAAGUAGGGUGGGGGGCAAUGAGUGGCAUGUACACCACCAUGAUGUGCCCUCUAGUGUAGAAGCCUGCUUUGUAUAUGUAUCUCUCUUUGGCUCUCAGUUUCAGCAUUCAUGAAGGACGGUUCUACUAGUUUACUGACCCAAAAGUAGGCCCUGCUUUCUCUCAGGUCUCUCUUUUCCUACAGCCAAAUGCAGCAUAAAAUGGUACUUAGAACUGGUUCAAAUAACCACUUCAAUGGCCUAUGCGGUCCGACAUUUGAAUCGUACUGGUCUAUUUUUAAGGGCAUGAUUCCCUAGUUAAUCGGUCCAGUUUUCACGUAAGAUUUUGCUUGAUGCAGGAGGUUGUUGGAGUGGUAUAUGCAAUUGGUGCAUUGGCCUCUAUUGUAGGAAUCUUAAUCUACCACAAGCUUCUGAAAGACUAUCCUUCAGAAAUCUGCUCUGCUUUGCACAACUUUGUGGCAUCUCCAGUGUGCUUGACCUCGUCUUUGUCCUCCUAUGGAAUAUGAAACUUUGGAUCCCUGACUAAUUUGUAGUCAUAGAGGAAUGUGUAACUAGAAUCAGAACCAGGAUAAGAUGGUGCCCAUGUUGGUGUUGAACAAUAGACUUUGCCCUGUACGCAUUGAAGGGACCUUCUUCACCCUUGUGAUGUGCAUCGACAGUUUUGGUGUGCUUUACUCCAAGUGGGCUGGUGGCAUGGUUCUUCAUGUGUUGAAUGUAAAGAACGGAUAUUAACAACCUAUGGCUGGCGCUACUCAUUAUUAACUUGUUGAGAUUUGCAACAUUGAGUUUGAUUUUUCUCAUCCUCAAAGGAAAUUGGUGUGAUGUUAUGUGUUCGUCAGACCUAUUGAGGAAGACUCAAGCUAUGACCACAGAAGAUGAAGUCUUGCAACUUGUGCCCAUGUAUGAAAAAGCUGAACCUUGGAUGCUUGUGUAUCAGAAUGCUAUUAUAGGCGUAAAAUAUUAAUUGUUUACAUUCAAAAUUCAUGCCUGACUAAAUAAAGAUCUACGUUUUGGUGAUGGCACAAAA